UGUGUUCUGUCAGUCACUCUUGAUGUUAUUGAAUAAAGAUUUGAGUUUUAUUUAUUUAAAGCCACAAACUGUAACACCGUUAUUUAAGAUAAACUUGUGAAUGUUUUUUCAUUAAUUCAGUUUAUUCCAUUUUUAAGAAAAAGAUGUGCCGGGUAUUUAACAAGUUAUCGUUAUGAAGCAGAGGGACCAAACUUACUUUUGCACAUUAAAUAGCAAUACAAUUGUUGAUAUCAUUUUUUUAUAGUUGUAAAAUGAACACAGUAUGUCUUAUUUGAGCGCUUCGGAAAAUGUGGGCUUCAGUGGUAUUCCACAAAAUAUAUCAGAGGCGAGCUGUGCCACACAGUAUAAAAUGGCAGUCGAGGGGGUGUCCUCCGGGAGCUGUGGUGAAGUGAACAUGUUCCUGCAUGAUAACUCAGGGGACGAGCAGCCUUACAUACAUCUCAAUGACAAUUUCUACUCCAAAUUUAAAAUUGAUCCCAACGAAUUAUACACAUUUCAUGACUCUGAUGUCAUUGCUGGAGAAAUUACUGUUAGUCACACAGAAGAUAAUUUUAUCUUCUCUGAUAAUGUUGAUAUUAAGAGUAAGCUUCUAGCAGAAAGUCCGAGUAAAGAGCUUGAUCUCAUUGGUGCAUUCACAAAUGGCGAUAUCAAGGAUGAUAUCAAGAAGGAGGUGGUAUCUAAUGGACAUUACCCACCAGUCCAUUCGGUGGCCAAGCCCACUGCAAACUAUAAAGAAAGUAAGACUACUCAUACCAAAGUUUUGAAAGUAAAAAAUCAAACUCAGGUGAAGGAGCCUGCAAGAUCAGAAUCGUUUAGUGAAGCUCGAAGACUAAGUGUUCAUAGCCCUAAGGCGCAAAGCACUGCCACCGCCCCCUCCCAAUGUACGAAAAACAGUAUUAAUAGUGCUAGUACUACAAGUAAUGCCAAGUCUUCAUCGAAACAAUCAGGUGGGAUGGAGACGUUUUUAGAUGUGUUUAAGAGAGAGCAAGGCUUAGUUGAAAAUGCAUCUGUACUUGUCAAAACUGAACCGUCAGCCAUGCCCGCUAAAGUUCCAAUGUCUCCUCCGAAAAAAGCUUCAUCUGGCAAGACUUCACAGUCGAAGCCCCGCCGCGGUCGCGGGCCUGCGGUCCACGAGGCGUUGCAGCGGAUACCGGCGGUGCGGAAGGCCAUACCGCUGCCGAAUGACGCGUGGCACGCCCCGGGUGACGCUCUCUUCCAAUGUGGUCCGUUGGGCGAGAGACCACUUGCCUUCAGGCAGAUUGAAAGCAGCAGCAGCGAUGAUGAUAACAUGCCUGAUUUUGCAGAAGCAGGUUGCGUCUCAGCGUGCGUAGAAGAAAGUGCCGCCGAAUCCCGCGGCGCUCGGCUGGCGUUACGUCGCGCGGCACUGCGGCGCCACGUGGCGCGGGCGCACGACGCGCUGGCCCUCGCCGCGCACCACCGCAACCAUCGCGCGCUCGCCUCGCUACUCAAGAAACAGCUGAACAGACCAGGGUCAUCAGGUAGUCUUCCAACUCAGACGGUGAAUCAUCUGCUCGCGCUACGUGGAAUGCCCUCAGUGCUAACGUCUCAAGAACGUAGGAAACUAAGGGAGACGGGCUGGUCAGGCGGCGAGAGCGGCACCCGAGAGGCCACAUCCGAGUGCGGCGCCGAUCGCUGCGACCGUCCCUCACUAGCCGGCGCCCGCUACUGCCUGUCGCACGUGACGCGGGCGCCGGACCAGCGCCUGUACGCCGCCUGCGCCGCCGUGUUCGCGGGCGGAGCGCGCUGCAACCAGCCGCUGUUGCCGCUGCACGACCUCACGCCGCUCUGCGCUGAGCACGCGUGGAAGAGGGAUAACUACGACAAGCUGUCCCGCGACUGCCGGCCGAAGAAGGUGGUCCGUAAGCGCGCCUGUCCCGCCGCGCCCCGUGCCCCGCGCCGCGCCAAGCGCCGCCGCCGCGUGCCCGCGCGGCUACGCGGAGCCGCGGAUACACCGCCUGCGGAACAAUCUUUAUCUGAACUGAACGUGUGUUCGAACUCGUCGACAUACGACAGUUCGGAGGAGGCGGCGAUGGGAGCACUCAGUGAGACCGAGUACGUCACUGUAGCUAGUGACUCGCAUGAGAUGGAAGUGGAAGUUGGGCAUGUACCACCGGACGACAUAUUGGAUCCAGCUGUGCUCAGUCAAAUACCCGAUGAAGCGUUCACGGAGUUUUUCAAUCAAGCUGAAGGUGGCACAGCAUUCGCAGAAAGUUCGGAGUUAGCGGCGGCAUUAGAAGCAGUGCUGGACGAGAGAGUGCUGGACGAGCGAGUGCUGGACGAGCGAGCGCUGGACUCCAUCGCCGACUGUGUGUUCCACUCGCCUCACGCGCAUUAUGCUAAGAACAAGAUGCAGGUAUCGACGUCGAUGCCUAUGGAGAUAACAUCGCGCGUGCCCUCAUAACACAGUAAUUUUACACAUCUUACUUUAAGCUAUAAUAAACUCGUAUGUACUAUAAACCUUAGGAACAAAUUCGAUAUUCAUAGUCUCAAGAGGUGGAAAUAUUUUUCUUCAUGCUUUAAUUUUUGUAUGUGUGCGUGUGUAGCGAAGAUGUUUGUGUGGGUUGUGAUUCGGAUUGAUGUAUGCAGUUUUGUGGGGUACCAACCUUUUAAUCAAUGUGGCUAAGGAACUCUUAAAUAGGUACUAGUGCGGCGCCCGCAAUUUGUUUGCACACGUCAUUAAAAGACAAUAGAUGUUGGACGUGCGAUGACCGCAUGCGGGCGAGAAAAACAAUGGUUGAAAUCUUUGACGAAUAUAAUAAGUACUAAAGGUAAUUCUUGUCGGUUUUCUAAAAUUAUCAAAAAUUCGAUACGUUAUUCCAACAUCGAUAUUGGCCAUGCCAUUGAUUCUAAGGUAUUCGAUCGGCGUAAUUAACAAACGCAGAACAAUUAUGUGUUCAAACAAAUGGCUAGUUUAAUGUCAACAUUACUGCAUUAACAGACUUAAAUGAUUAAAAAAAACAACCUUUUUUGCCCUCUUAAAAUCUUCCAUACUCAUAUUUUUUACUGUUUUUUCAUAAUCAUAAGACGGAAUGGUAAAGGUACUCAUUUUUGAUUUCGAAAGCCAAGCUGCUUUAGCCGCGUAGAAUUAUUUUUAUAUAACCAUUUAUUGAUUAAACUAUAGGUGUAAAUACUUCCUCUCCUCUUCCAGAUUUGAUGAUUACCUCUCAAUUAAUAUCUGUAGACUUGCGCUACUUUUUGGCCGUGUAUUAACAAAUUGUGCAAUCCAGAUUUAUAUUAAAUUUCUGUCGCACUAUUUAGCUUAGAAAUCGAAUCAAUCGCUCGUAUUCCUUCGUCCUGAUGUUAAAAGAAUUUAAAUAAGAAUGUUUGAGCAGAUAAAAAAAUACACUUUAGGACAAAACUACGGAGCAUUAAAUAAAAUUAUUCUGUUGUAAAAUUGGCCAGCAGUUAUAUGUUCAAAACUUUCUAAUAAAAAAUAUCAGUGCUUUAACGCUAACACAGCGGUCACACGAAAAGUAAAUGAGUUAAAAAAUAGUUGAAAUUGAAGUGUUCCAGCGCAACAUUUGUUUGAAUCAUAACAUUGUGGUCAGCAUUUGCGCCAUCGCCUCUAUUAGUAGUUGUCAUAGAUUAGUGUAGGUAUUGUUGUGACGGUCGAGUGAGGAUUAGGAAUGAAAUAAGGUCGUGUUUGUUGGCGUAGCUGUUAAGGAAGGGGCGGGGCUUAAAUUCACAAUAAUUUCCGAAGUUUGCCGAAUCUGGCCGAAGUCGACCGAGGAUUAACGCUUGUGGUUUCGUCCUACUUUCGUCAUAUUUACGGGAAAUUUCGUAGAAUUAUUUAGUUGUCGGAUUUGUACUUUGUUUCGUCUACUAUCCAGGCUACGCCCAUUUCGGUGUUUAAAGUUCGGUAAUUUUCGGCUCGUUUACAUUAUACUCAAGUUAGUUAAAACCGCAUGUAGUAAGUGCUCUCUUAUAUUCGGAUCUUGUGUGGCGUUAUGUGAGAUUGUUCUAUGAUAUAUAUUAUACGCAAUUAUGCAUUAUAUUUACAUAGAUAUGUUAACACUUAUACAUAAGACGACACAUAUACACGUAUUUAAAUUGAUAUAAUCGUCUAUUUAUUCUUAAGUAAUUCUGGUUGGAACAAGAUUCGAUGGAAAUAACCCGAAAGUUUGAAGCUCUAUUGAAUGAUAUUGUUGACCUUGAAGUGACAUUUUUGCUGAGUAUGAGGUUAUCCUUUCUGAAUGUUUAUCAUAAAGAUGUGAAGUUUUAAUAUUUGAUGGGCGCAAUAAAGGUUACUUCUCUGCUUUUCCUGCAGAAAUAUGAAAAUAAGGAUAUACCAGAAGUUAUAACAAACAGUAGCUAUAAACUUUGUGUUAUUUUCAACUCCCUUCGUGAUAAAUACACAUAACACCAAUAUUAACAAUAGUAAUAAGAAUUAAUCACCGAUGUAAGACGGCAUUAAGCAUUUAUAAUUAAUAUUUUUAUUAUAAAAGCCGCCUUUGACUUCGCUUAGUACAAAUUUAAUUACUAGAAAUAAUUCAUUAGUAAAUUGUUAAGCAUGCGGCCCAGUGUAUAAUGUAAACUGAGCAUAGAUAAUGUAGAGGAGUUAGGAAUCAAAAUUGGGUAGUUGACACCACUAAUUGUUUGACAGAUAUUCGAAUAAGCUGUCAAAGUUCUAUACCUCCACCGUAUUUGUCUUUUGUCUCCAUUACAUCACUACUUGUUUCUCAUUUUACUUGUUAGUGGCAGAAUGGUCGACAUCAGCACCGACAGUUGGCCAUAAAGAAAAAUAAAAUACAACCACUUUUUAUAAAUUCACGAGCGACAAAAUUAAUUCCAUGUUUUAAACUAAUCUGGCCCCAAAAUGCUUUUAUUUUUGGAAGCAAAAAUGUUUUAGAAUAAUUAUUGUUUUUGGUGUCAGUUACCCAGUUAUCGAGGAUGUUUAGCUAAUUGAAUAGUCGUUGUAACGUGCGCGUGAGUGGAUGGACGUCAGAGAAUUCCUGGUUACUCGCAACUUUGUCUUCAAAACAAACGUGAUACAAAACUAAACGAAAUUGAUGUCGUAUAAAUAUUAAAUGUACGAGCAUCGUCAUGUGAUUUCAGUUGUUUUUAUGUUAAAUGUGACUUUUCUUUUCAAGUGAAAGUUACACAUUUGGACACUGUGUGUGGUUGUUGCAGAAUAUGGGAUUUCACAUGAAUGAAAUCAAUAAAAGUAUUCCACAAAACAUUUGCUACAGGCUCCUUAUUUGCGAGACUUGUUCAGAAAAAAUAAAUUGCUUAGUCGUACUUAAAAGCCUUACCAUCGCCGCAAUUCACUUAAGUUACACAGUGAGAAAAUGUUUGAGCAGCACUGAAAAGUGAAAAGUGAGCAAAGUAGUGUAACCAGAGAAAAGAAAAGUCAAAACCAAAACAAAUGAAGUCAUAUGACGGCGUUCGUACUAUAAUCCUAAUCAUAUUAUAACGCUAGAUGAAAUAUUAUUAUAACUGCGAUAAAACCGUAAAGUGCCCAUUGUGCAAUUGAAUCGAUGUCUGCCGUAUAACUAUUAAAGUUUAAGUUGAUAAUCAAAGUGCCGAUCAGUGUGUAGUCGUAUCGCGAGUCCUACAGGAGCCUUCUUAUUAAUAUAUAUAAAUGUAAAUAAAAGCAAUAUAGACUGGAACAAUUAACAUGGUCGAAUGAUAGUGCUAGAUUUAACAAUAUAGUGACCGAUCGCUAACGCUGUCAUAUCAUGUUAGAACAUUUAUUUUAAAAAACAAUGUGUUGUACCGUCAAAAGUAAUAAAUAGUGCUAGAAACAGAACCAAAUAAAGAAAUAUUUUUGUAAAUUUGUUAUGUUCCUAAAUAAAUCUUAUGUGAUUGUAUAUGGCUGACGAGCAAUUCUGUUUAAAAAUAUAUUUUGCUAGUAUUGAAAUCAAUCGGUGUAAUUUAAGUUUAAUUUUCUAUUUAUCUCUAAUGUUUAGGUACUGAGACGUGCGAUUAUUUAAACAUGUGUCUAUGAUUUGUGUUUUUCAGUAAAAAGGUUUCAGAAUAUAGUUUCAGCUUCUUUAAGUGUUAUAUACCAUAACAAUGUAACAUUUUCAUAUACAAAGAUAAAUAUUAUUCCAAGCAAUAUAAUAGACAGUGCGCGUAAGAUUGUAUAUUUUUAAAAUAUAGAUUCAAUAUAAAUUUACCGUUCGCUAGUGUAGUGACUGUGUUACCGCGGCCACGGUAUGCUUGUGUGCUUUUAUAUUUUAGACUGAUUCUGUAGACACGGAUAGCAACAUGUUGUUAUCUAAGUAACAAAAACUAGGUAUUUUACGCCCUAAGUUUUCAAGAAAAAACGUCAAUUUGUUAUAGCUCAGAGUGCACGUUCGAGCGGUUUGUCAAUAAGUAUUUGUCCUGACGAGGUAUUGCUAUGCUUCGACGAAUUCAGAGCAAGCGUGGACUGAAUAUAAACAUCGAAAUAUUUAUCGCUUUCUAAGAUAUCACGUAGAUCUUCCAACGUUGAGUAACGUCGUGCGUACAAAGCCUAAUGUAAUUUCAUCUUAUUUAAUUUCAUUGGCGAAACUACGCAGAAGUUUCUAGUUUUCAGAAGGACUUCAUAAAAGAUGAAACAAAUUGGGUUCCUAUACAUACGCGUGUACCUGUCCCGAAAAUUAAGGAAUCAAAAAUCACUGUUCAAAAAGGUGGGUACGAUAAUUAAUGCAAUGCACUUGUCAUUGUAGUUGCGAUAUAUUGACCGCAAUAAGAUUUUCAUGGCGAUUCAAAGACAAUAAACAAAGCGUUAGAAGUGUGUGCACACAGCGCCGAUGGCCGCGGCCUUACGCGAAUAGUACCUAUAAUGUAAUAGUAUAAUGUAUCGGAUACGCUUAACUCUCCAUAUGCAGUACCUGCACUUUCGUUUUAUAACAAUAUACAAAUUACAAUAGAUUUAGGAACUUGUAAUAAAUGUAUCUAUGUAUUUUUACGUGCUAGUUUUUAUUUAUUGUUUGUACGAUUUUGUAGAUCAAUUCGAAUUGACUGCUCUUAGGGAGAUUAACGUAAUGUAAGUAAAUAUUUUGCACCUUUAGUUUAAGGGUUAAUAUGUAGAUACAGGACAUAAUGUCGAAGGUUUUUAGCGAGACAUGUUCACAUGGCAAUCGCCUACCAUGUGACAAGUAGAUUUCAUUAGUAUCAUUAUAAGUUUUACAUCGUCGGUUCGUCAUUGGCAGUUCACAUUGGAUCCUCGUAUGCAGCCCAUGUAGGCGUGACGUCAUUGUCAAGUUAUUCCGUGUGCGUGUACGCGAGCAUAGAGCGAUAACUUAUUGGAAAUCAUUGGAAUAUGUUAACGAGCGAUGUUAUUAACACGUGAUCUUUUGUAGUAUAGCAAGAUUUUAUUCCCAGUUCAAAGUUAACAUACUUAGUAAUUAAAGUAAAAAUAUUUUUCUUACAUAAAAUUUAACGUCACAAAUAUAUAUUUAUCAGUAUACGAUUUUAAUAAUACUAUGUAAUCUGGUUAGAUGUUUAAGCACUCUUUUAAAUAUGAUCAAUAGUUAGUAACAUCGCUCGCAAGAAUAGAUAAAGCGACUAGGAAUGUUUGUAUGGAUAUUCGGAAUGGUUCUGACUGUAUUAGCGUGUAGAGAUGGCUAAAAUUAUUAGUAUCGGUGUUAGCAGUUCGCGAGAUGUGGUAAAUAGUAGUGUUCGUGUUAUAGGCAAAGGUAAAUUCGGACAUUCCAAAUAAUUUUCAAAUUGUCGCGGUAAACUCCGCUAAGCAUUUAUUAUGAAUAAUAUAUGGUAUUUGAAAUGUUGGAUUUGCUCGAUGCCUGUAACACAACAGUUAAUUUAGAUAACCGCUACCUCUUUGAAUGCCUGAAAUUGUUCACAGUUUAUUGUCCAAUGUGUGUAACAUGAUGAUGUUUAAAAAAAUGAAAUAAACAUGAAGAAAUUUUGACUCUUAA